GCGACAUCGGGAGAUGCGCUGAAGCUCACGGACCUUGAAAGAGGACGAGAGAGAGUAGAGAGCGCAGGCGCUUCCAGGGCGCUCAGAUUGGGUGACUGACUCCAAUGGCAAAGAGGGAAGGGGCUGGGCAGAAACAGGGACCAGCUCAGGUAGAGGAGCGCCGGGGUGGAGGCUUCUCGAGACUCAGACAACGCCGACGUGGGCUUCCUUGCGGUUAGCCACCCGCUCCGAAACGGUGCUCUCGCGGUACUUGCCCUGACUCUCGCGAGGUUUAACGUGGCACUGGGAGGCCGGGCCCAGGCAAGGGGGGGGGUGGUCCGUUAGCGGCCUUGGGCUCCGGUCGCCGUGGCCGCGCUUUCUCCUCUGCGCACGGGGAGCUGUUCAGGCUGAAGGCCAGCCAGCUCUCGCCGCCGCCUCGGUAGCGAUGGGGGCGCAGGACCGGCCGCAGUGCCACUUCGACAUCGAGAUCAACCGGGAGCCGGUUGGUCGCAUUAUGUUUCAGCUCUUCUCAGACAUAUGUCCAAAAACAUGCAAAAACUUCCUUUGCCUAUGCUCAGGGGAGAAAGGCCUUGGGAAAACAACUGGGAAGAAGUUAUGUUAUAAAGGUUCUACAUUCCAUCGUGUGGUUAAAAACUUUAUGAUUCAGGGUGGGGACUUCAGUGAAGGUAAUGGAAAAGGUGGAGAAUCAAUUUAUGGUGGCUAUUUUAAAGAGAAUGUGGUCUUUUGCAAAAUGAAAAGGUAAGAGAACGAAGCUCAGUAACACAAACUCCAAUUCUGUUCCCUUGCACCCUUCCUAAUAAAUUUAUGGACAGUCUGGGUCAGGUUGUGGUUGGAUUUCAAUAUUGCUUGAAGACUUGGAAAAUUUUGUAUACUGUUUUAUACAUGCAUCUGUAUCUUCUUUUCUUUUCCUGAUGGGUUAUUAGUUCCACAUCAGGGAAAAGAAUCUGGUUGUGUUGUUGUUGUUUUUUUUUCUCUUAAACCAAGCAAUUUCUUUGAAUAAAAGUUGGUAUUUCUUCCUCUCUUCAAGGUUUGUAUGUUUUCUUUUGUAUACUAGAACUAUAUGAUUGUGUAUUAUUCCUACAGUAGUAGCAUUUGCAUAAAUCUAACUAUUGCACUUGCCCCAAAAAGCCUUAGAAAAGUCAGUUGCAGAGAUUUAUAAUGGGAUCCAACAUGACUAGGUUUUAAUGCCAUGAUAGUUUCAGUGUUAUAAUAGUCUCUUAUAUUUCUUUUGGGGGAAAAUGGAUUACUACUCUUUUUCAGAAGCCUGUUCCCAAGGUAAUCAUUUUUUUAAAGUUUUCUAUGUUUCUGUUUGUUCUAAAGAAAGAUUUGUUUGUAUGAAUGUUAAAAGGAAAUUUAAAUUCUCAAGAUAUUUAUGCUGGAAUGAAAAUAAUCUCUAAGUGAUCUUUAUGAUGGAGUUUUUCCUUUGAACUAGUAAGAAACAGCUCUUUAGCUGCUUCUAUUAGCAUGCAGCUUUGAGACUAACACUGGUCGGCCACUUCAGUGUGGCACUCCCUGUGGCAGAUACUUAUGUAUCUUAAAAUUGUAUUUUGCCAUUUAUGUUGUUCUUACUGGUCUCUUUCUUAGAUAAUUUUGUGAUCCUAUUGAUUAGAAGGAAUCCAUAUACUUAAUUUAGGCACGUCCCUACAACUUAAUUUAUGUAAUUUUUUGGGUUUUUUUGCUGUCAUAGCCUAGCUUCAAUUCAGCCGAGUAAUAAAUUUACCAUAUAGAAAUUAAGCACAUAAGAGGAUUAUUAAGCUUCUCUCAUGCAUAGUGCCUUAGGCAGGAUAAUUGGAAAUUUGGAGGAAAUGAGCUUUACUAGACAUUUUUCUAAAAUUUCUUUACUAGUUUUCCCUGAAAGUUAUAGUGUAAAUAUUAUUUAGCCAAAAUAUGUUACUACUAAAAGUGACUGUUCUAAGGCUGUUUGUAUAAAGUAUUAAAUAUAUGUUCUUUUCCUCAAGGCUUUAAGUAGUGUUUUUUGGUCAUUUUAUUCUUUUGUUAUUUGGUUAGUUAAAAAUGUUUUUUCUAAAUAUUCAGUCAAGUAUCUGUACUGACCAGAAGAGGAAUUUCAUCCUUUGCUUUCUAUUUAUUUCUGUGAACGUUAUACUUUAAAAGUGGCUUGUAACUGGAGACUGACGAAUUUGUGUUUUCUUCAAACAGAUGAAAACUUUAUUCUCAAACAUGACAGAGCGUUCCUUUUGUCAAUGGCAAAUCGAGGGAAACAUACCAAUGGUUCCCAGUUUUUCAUUACCACAAAACCUGCUCCGCAUCUGGAUGGGGUGCAUGUCGUCUUUGGACUAGUUAUUUCCGGUUUUGAAGUAAUUGAACAAAUUGAAAAUCUGAAAACUGAUGCUGCAAGCAGACCUUAUGCAGAUGUGCGAGUCAUUGACUGUGGGGUGCUUGCCACAAAAUCAACAAAAGAUGUUUUUGAGAAAAAAAGGAAGAAACCAACUCAUUCAGAAGAAUCAGAUUCCUCUUCAAAUUCCUCUUCGUCUUCAACAUCAUCUUCAGAAAGUGAAAUUGAACAUGAGAGAAGCAGAAGAAGGAAACACAAGAGGAGGCCGAAAGUUAAACAUUCUAAAAAGCGACGAAAGGAAGCAAGCAGUUCAGAAGAGCCAAGAAAUACACAGACAGUGAGCCCUAAAGGUCACUCUGAGAGGAGUGAUACCAGUGAAAAAAGGUCAGUUGACUCAAAUGCUAAAAGGGAAAAGCCUGUGGUCCGCCCAGAAGAGAUUCCUCCAGUGCCUGAGAACCGAUUUUUACUGAGAAGAGAUAUGCCCCUUGUCACAGCAGAACCUGAACCGAAGAUUCCUGAUGUUACACCCAUUGUAAGUGAUCAUAAACCAUCUGUAUCAAAGUCUGGACGGAAGAUUAAAGGAAGGGGCACAAUUCGCUAUCACACACCUCCAAGAUCAAGGUCCUGUUCCGAAUCAGAUGAUGACGAUAGCAGUGAAACUCCUCCUCACUGGAAAGAGGAAAUGCAGAGAUUACGAGCGUAUAGACCACCUAGUGGAGAAAAAUGGAGUAAAGGAGACAAGUUAAGUGACCCCUGUUCAAGCCGAUGGGAUGAAAGGAGCUUGUCCCAGAGAUCCAGAUCAUGGUCUUAUAAUGGAUAUUACUCAGACCUUAGUACAGCAAGACAGUCUGAUGGUCACCAUAAAAAACGCAGAAAAGAGAAAAAGGUUAAGCAUAAAAAGAAAGCCAAAAAGCAAAAACAUUGCAGAAGACACAAGCAGACUAAGAAGAGAAGGGUUAUUGUACCAUCUAAUAUAGAAUCUUCAAAAUCUUUUACCCGACGAACCAAAUCCUCUUGUGAUAGAGAAAGGAGAUCCCGUUCCUCCUCAUUAUCAUCCCAUCGCUCAUCAAAGAGGGACUGGUCUAAGUCUGAGAAGGAUGACCAGAGCUCUUCAACACAUUCCAGCAGAGACUCCUACAGAUCAAAGUCUCACUCACAGUCUUAUUCUAGAGGAAGCUCAAGAUCAAGGACUCCAUCAAAAUCCUCAUCCCAUUCUCGAAGUAGGUCAAAGUCCAGAUCUAGUUCUAAGUCAGGACAUCAAAGGACCACCUCAAAGUCACCAAGAAGAACAGCCUCUCAGUUAAGUGAAAAUAAACCAGCUAAAACAGAACCUUUAAGAGCACCAGUGCCACAAAAUGAAAAUGUCAUAGUACAGCAACCAGUGGUGGCGGAAAAUAUUCCUGUCAUACCACUGAGUGACAGUCCCCCUCCUUCAAGGUGGAAGCCUGGACAGAAGCCCUGGAAGCCCUCUUACGAGCGAAUUCAGGAAAUGAAAGCGAAAACAACCCAUUUGCUGCCCAUCCAAAGCACUUAUAGUUUAGCAAAUAUUAAAGAGACUGGUAGUUCAUCAUCCUACCAUAAAAGAGAAAAAAAUUCAGAAAGCGAUCGGAGUGUUUAUUCAAAAUAUAGUGAUAGAAGUUCAGAAACUUCACCAAGGUCAAGGAGCAGAUCUUCUAGGAGUAGAUCUUACUCCAGAUCGUACACAAGGUCACGGAGUCUAGCUAGUUCACGUUCAAGGUCGAGGUCUCCCUCUUCUAGAUCUCAUUCACGAAAUAAGUACAGCGAGCGCUCACAGCGUAGUAGGUUGUCUUCAUACUCUUCGGUUAGCAGUGAUGAUGGAAGACGAGCCAAGAGGAAAUUUAGAUCCAGUGGGAAAAAAAAUAACACUUCAAGUAAAAGGCACAGCAGCAGCUCCGAAAAGACACUUUGCAAUAAAUAUGUCAAAGGCAGAGACAAAUCUUCAUGUCAGAGAAAGUACAGUGAAAGCAGGUCAUCCUUAGAUUAUUCUUCAGACAGUGAACAGUCAAGUGUUCAGGUUACACAGUCAGCCCAGGAAAAAGAGAAGCAAGCCCACACGGAAAUGAAUAACAAACAAGAGAAAAACCGAGAUGAAGAGAAAUCCAAGCCCGAACAGGAAUGCCCUCGUUCAAAAAAAAGAGCUUUGAAAGAGAAUCUUUCUGAUCACUUUAGAAAUGGCAGUAAGCCCAAAAGGAAGAAUUAUGCUGGGAGUAAAUGGGACUCUGAGUCAAAUUCUGAACGAGACGUAACUAAAAACAGAAAAAAUAAAUCCCGGCCUUCUUCCGAUAAGGAGGAGGGUGAGGCCACAUCAGAUUCUGAAUCCGAGUGUGGUGACAUUCACGUCAAAGCCAAAUCCACAACAAAGUCUUCAAACAUUUCGCUGCCUGAGGGCAAUGGUGCCCGGAAGACAAGUCAACAGCGGCCCUCCACCUCCGAUUCGGAGGGGUCCUAUUGCCAUUCAGAAAGCCCGAGAGGAAAGCCACGGAGGCACAAACAUGGGUCAAAGGAAAAUCUGAAAAGGGAACACACCAAAAAAGUGAAAGAGAAAUUGAAAGGGAAAAAAGAUAAAAAGCACAAGGUCCCGAAACGAAAGCAGACAUUUCACUGGCAGCCUCCACUAGAAUUUGGUGAAGAAGAGGAGGAGGAGAGUAAUGAAAAGCAGGUGACCCAGGAGUCAAAAGAGAAAAAACAAGUUCCUGAAAACACUGAAACCAUAAAAGAGAAUAUCCCGCAAACCGAGAAGCCCUGUGAAGACAGCAACCUUUCAGGUAAACGGACUAUAAUAACGGUUUCUUCAGAUACUGAGCAGCCUGCUAAAGAUAAUAGUAAACUCAGCAUUUCUCCCACAGCUUUAAAUACUGAGGAAAAUGAAGCCAGUUCUCCCCGACAUGUUCAGCAUAUUGAAGAAAGUGCCCCAACCGGAGUGGAGGAUGUGUUUCAAGCAGAUGACAACAUGGAGAUUUGCACUCCUGAUAGGAGUUCCCCAGCAAAGGUGGAGGGGGCGUCCCCUGUAGGAAAUUCAAGGCUUGACACCCCGGAGAUAGACAUUGUUGUAAAGCAGGAAACGCAGACAGAGCAUCCUGAGGCAGAGGUGAUAAAACAGGAAAGCAGCGUGUCUGAAAGCGCAGCGGUGGGUGAGGUGGGGAAACCGGACAGCAGCUCGGCUAGCACUGUAGAAAGUGUCGUGAAGAGGGAGGUGGCUGGACAGAGCCAGCUCAGCCUCCUGGAUAAUAAAUGGAAGCCCCUGCAAGGUGUGGGGAACCUGGCAGCACCGAUGGCGACCACAUCCAGUGCCAUGGAAGUUAAAGCAUUGACCGCUGUGCCUGAACCCAAACCACAAGGCUUGAGAAUAGAAAUUAAAAGCAAAAAUAAAGUUCGGCCUGGGUCUCUCUUUGAUGAAGUAAGAAAGACGGCACGCUUAAACCGGAGGCCAAGAAAUCAGGAGAGUUCAAGUGAUGAGCAGACACCUAGUCGGGAUGAUGAUAGCCAGUCCAGGAGUCCCAGCAGAUCUCGAAGUAAAUCUGAAACCAAAUCAAGACACAGAACAAGGUCUGUCUCCUACAGUCACUCAAGAAGUCCAUCGCGAAGUUCCUCAUCGUCUUAUCGAUCAAGAAGCUACUCGAGAAGUCGGAGCAGAGGAUGGUACAGCAGAGGCCGCACGAGAAGCCGGAGCAGCUCCUACCGCAGCUACAAAAGUCAGCGGACGUCCAGCAGGAGCAGAUCCAGGAGCAGCUCGUAUGAUCCCCACAGCCGGUCCAGCAGGUCCUACACUUACGAUAGCUACUACAGCAGGAGCCGGAGUCGGAGUCGAAGCCAGAGGAGUGACAGUUACCACCGAGGCAGAAGUUACACGAGGCGGUCCAGGAGUUGUAGAUCUUACGGCUCUGACAGUGAAAGUGACCGAAGUUACUCUCAUCACCGGAGUCCCAGUGAAAGCAGCAGAUACAGUUGAAAAUGCCCCCCUUUUUUUGAUAGAAUUAUAUCUUAUUUGUAAAUAUCUGGUAACUUAAAAGUUUAAAAAACUUAAUGGCAGUCUGUUGUUCUAUUUCAGUAUUAGAGAUGAAUUUCAAAACCAGAUACUUCUUAAUUGUUACUUGUUCAUUUAUGUGUGUGCAGGAUUUAAAAUACAGAUAUGUCUCCUAAAAAUAUUUUUAUGCUACAUUUUACAACUAUGGAAGUGAAUUUCAUUUUCUUAAAUCAAGAAACCAUGAUAUUUUAAUAUUAUUUGCAAUAUCAUUUUAGAUAGACUAUCUCUCUCCAUCUUGUGUAUUCUUUUGAAUACAGGUUCUUUUUGCCCAUUUUUCAGGUUUUAUUGUAGCAUAUAUGCUGCCAAACAUAGGUCUGUGAGGGAGAACUGUUAAAGGUGACCAAAUAUUUAUCUACCAAUUACACAGUCUUAUACAUAUGUGCUCUUAAACCACCCAGAAUUGAUCCUGAUGGUAGCCAGGAGUAUAAGGUAGUGGCUUUGGGGGUUUCUUAAUUCAUUCUUUCCUUCUUUGUUGUCUCAGAGGAUCAGGAAAGUGGUCAUCGUACAGUCCACUGUCUUUAUUACUUCAGGCCAGCAGGUGAAGUUAAGAAGAAUAAAUCAGCCUUAACUAUAGAUACCUGCACUGUCUCUAAGGCCCUAGCGUUUACUGUACAAAACAAUUCUAUUCCAGUUCAUGCUUUGGUGCUUGGUACCUUUCGGUGCCUCUUUAAGCAUUGUUUUUCUGUAUGUUACAAUCUCAUGAGAGAGAGCUGUAUUCACUUUGAAUACCUGGAGCGAUUUUUCUCAAGCCACAGGUGUGGGUUGGGGGAUCUCCCGGAUCAGGCAGGAUUGGCAUUGGGAGCUAUGUGGCCACAAAACUGACAUAUGUGCCUCUGGAAGAGUGGGCUGAAGAAUAGACUUCAAAAGUAACACCAAAAUCUAACUGCCACCAGCCUGGACACUUGGCAGGGCUUUUAAGUCAUUCAAGUAAGAGACCACAGCAGCAGCCGAGCGGUUCUGAGCACCGGCGUUUCUCCUGUUUCUGCUGGGACUCACACUGACUCAGUGAAGCCAGGACCGCAGGCAGGGAAAGAGAAGUGUAUGGUACCGCAUACAUGGUGCAUUUUCAGUGUUUGGUGGUUCCUCCAAAAACGAUUUGACCUGUAAGAACUGGUGUGGUUUUUUGUGUUUUUUUUUAAUCUAUUGGAGUUUUUUCCCCAAGUGUACUUAAUCACCUUAGUGCCAGUUUAAUCCAGUUAUGCAGAAGAAAUUCGUAUUGGAUGUUUGAUGUAGAACUCUGUGCCAGCCUACCCCAGGCCCUGCCUGGUGUAGUUGGGAAAUGGGAAAGAGCCCUCGCGGAGGAAUCUGACAACUCUUGAUGGAUAGAAGGAUGACCUUGGAUAUAUUCAAACCGUUACCCAUAAAAGGUUCAUAAACAGGGUUACGUGGUCAGUUGUUUGCCAAGUUGAUAGAUGAGAGCACAUUAAAAAUGGCCUGAGUCAAACAAACGUACUCGCUGGUGAACACAAAACAAUGUGUGAUUCAUGUGAAGGGUUUUCAAAAGUUGCCUGCAGUGGCGAUUAUUGCUUUAAUAAUAGUGGAAAAAAACUGCAUUCAGAACCCAAACAAAACCUGCCAAAUCUAAUUAGGUUAAAAAAAGUUACCCUUGGGCAGUGUGUUGGUUUUAGUUUUCUACUGCUUUGUAAAUAAUUACCCCAAACCUAGCAGCUUAAAACAACACCCAUUUCUUAGCUCACAGCUCUGUAGCUUGUGAAGCUGGCGCGGUACGGCUGGGCUCUCUGCUCAGGGUCUCCUAAGGCUGAAAUCACGGUCAGCAGGGCAGCGUUCCUUUAUGGAGGCUCCGGGGAAGAAACCACUUCCAAGUUCAUUCAGGCGGUCGGCAGUGUUCCGAUCCUGCCGAGGGCCUGUGUCUCAGCUCCUUAAGGCUGCUCGAAUCCCUUCUUGUGUACUCCCCUCCAUCUUCAAACCAGCCAUGACCCGUCCCGUCCUCCUUCUCAUGCUUUAGAUCUCUCUGCCUCUUCCUCUGUUUUAAGGCUCAUGUGAUUUAGAUCAAGACCACUGAGAUAGUCUCCCUAUUUUAAGGUCAGUUGUGCCAUAGAACAUAACAUUAUCACAGGAGAGAUACCAUAAGCCCAAGUUCCCUGGUUGGGGCAUGGAAUGGGGGGGACGGGGAGGGGACAUUUUACAAUUCUGCCUACCACAGGCCGGAACUGCCCACUGCACCGGUGGGUGGAAUUUUAUCCUAAAAAGGUGGGCCCUAGAAGCCUGGUUGGUUUUCCCAUUGGAAAAGGACAGCCCUGGGCUGCAGCAUUCAACUUGUGUGUUUACUGAAUGAACUACAGAGACAGCUUUUCUUCCUAAGGGGAUUGUUCUGUAUUUUAAGUUAUUUUUUAAUAAAAUUGAAUUAUGUUGUGUAUUGUGCUUCUUAAUAGAAAAUGUAUUAUCGGACUGGUUUUGUAACGUCCUGUUUACUGCAAAUGAAACAUGACAUAGCUGGUGUUUAAAAACUAGAAAAUACUUUUGUACAUAUCGGCAAUGUCUAAUUUGUAUACACUUAAAUUCCCCUACAACUUGAAAAGGGGACCUUGUAGAGAUUAAAAUAUAUACUUAGUCUAA